AUGUUCUCUGGCAGUCGUUGCUGCCUUAGAAACAAAGUCAAUAAAAGGUUGCUACCAGGGGAUAUCAUCCUAAAUCAGCCCCUUCUCUUCCUCUAUCCACGGUGGUUCAGAGCACAACAGCAACACAAUUUCACAGAACCUUCAGCUCAUGAGUCUUCAAAGACGCUCAAGCUAUCACUAAAAUACAUCCUACCAGAGCAGAGCGAGGAAGUGAAAGUCGACAUCGUUGAGCCAACUUAUUUCCGAUAUGUAUCUCAACAGCCAUCCCAAGACCCGACGGAGGCGCAGCUCAAAUCGAAGGAGAAAUUGGAGACUAUCAUCGAUGAGAGAAGAGCGCGUCAGGGAAAAGUGGUACAAGAACAACGACCCAACGGUCUACGUCGUAGAGUAUAUGUCCCAGCCAGCGGAUCUACCAGCAGCAUCCAGCAAUAUGGAAAAAGGAAAAAGAGAUCCAUCCAUUCGGUACGCGCGAAUUGGGAGCGUGCACUGAACAUGUUAACCAACUCGGUCCCACAACACAAAGAAGCUGAGGGUCAAGAAAUCUGGCUGUCAAAGCAGACGCUGAUUGCGCUGAGCGGUACGUCAGGAACGAACAGCUGGGUGCACAACGUACGUGGAGGUUGCGAAGUACAAGUGACAGACACUCAAUCUUAUUCCGGAUCUUCGAAGCAGGUUCUUCUUAAUGGCUCUACUCGGGCUGUGGCUCUUACAAUGGAAUACUUCAUUGCGAUCGAGAAGGACGUGAUGCAAUACCAGGCAAACCAAGUCGCUCUUGAGAGCGCGAAAACACCGACCGAUACGAUCUCAAAGACAGAGUCAAUCCAUUGCGAAGCGGAUGCGACAUCCGGCCCAAACGUGCCAUUCCGUAUCGUGCCUACAGCGGUUAGAGGCUAUCUGAAGCACAGAGAUUGGAUGCGCGCCGACCAGUUUCCACAACCAGCACUGAACAGCGUGCGUUCCUUCAAAGAAUACGUGGAGAAACUGACGAGCAUCCGAGCUCCUCGACUUGUGAGACGGGAACUCUAUGGUACACAAGACGAUACGCACAACAUGGCGGUAGCUGACAUGCUCUGCCAUUUGUUCACUGAUACUGACAAUACCUUUUCUGUAUCAUCGGUGGCUUUGAAUCUCGCAUUCGCAUUCCUCUCCAGACACACCGAACUUCUUCCCCGGAUCAAGCUACUCUAUGACCAAUGCCGACAAUUACGAGUGACGUUGCAACCACAGACCUACUCUUACAUCCUUCGUGCGAUGCUGCUUCAAGGAGAAAUGGAAAUGUUCGGUCCGGUUCUCAGUGAUCUAUGUUCCCAAGGCCACGGACCUGGUUCCAAGAUCUGGUUGGCUCUCCUUAAGAGUGGACCUUCCAUGAUGCAGAAACGCGCCGUAGCAAAGUGGAUGCUUCACAAAGGUUUACUUGAGACCAGUCUUGUGAAGGGGGAGGUUGCAGCAGAGUUGAUCGCUGCUGAGCUCAGUGGAGAAAUUGACGAUGGCAAACAUGCUGAUCUGUCUGUUAGGUCCAUUGACGCCCGGUUUGGGCCCGACUGGAUGUCACAAUCUUCGGUAACAAGGAUUCUGGCGGCUUGCGCUGACAAGCAGGCUUGGACUCCUGCUUUCGAAAUCUUCCAAGAGGCACAGAGACGGAAUGUCAAUUUCGACCAUGCCGCUGCUCACGCCAUCUUCCUUGUCAUGCAACAACGGGGCAGUUUACGGGACUCCUUGGAUCUCCUUCGCUCGCAUUUCGUUGCAACGACUGGCCGGAAUGAUCACACCGUGAUUCCGAUCGUCUUUAUGACAGCAUGGAAGCAUCGCUUCUAUAAUGUCUGUCGAAUACUUUGGCGUUAUGCCGCGGUUCUAGGCGCCAUGACCUACAAGAUGCAGAAUGUGGUGACACAAAGUUUGCUGCGAAACCAGGAUACGCCCCAACCCCGUGCAAGCAAGGCAGGCUUGUCAAUGGCAAAUCUGGAAUGGAAACGGCGUGCUGGCAAGGUUCUAGUGGGGACAGACCUCGACAUCACCGAAUUCCAGCAAUUUUUCGAUCUGGUGAGCGGACAACCAGGUACCACAUCAGAGAACCCCAUGGUAUGGCUUGCACGAUACACUUCCGAUGGUGGGCAGCGAGACCAGCAACUUCUGCUUGGCUAUGUCAUGAUGCAUCGCGAUCUGCAUACAUGGAAGUAUUUCGCACCGCCAAGUUCAGAAAGAUUAUUCAAACUCCUUUCCGACGCUUAUGCCAUGGAUGUUCGAUGGAAAGGUGAAGGAAUUGGGCUCGAGCGUGGAGGGAAGUCCAUUCAAUGGAUGAUCGAAAAUGCGAUUGACAUGCCUCUGGUCAGAAGAGAGAUUUCGCUCAAACGCACACCUCUUGACAGCGACACAACUAUGAGAAGCGACUUGAUGGGGAGGGCUGCAUUCUUAGAGCUGUUCGAAGAUAUUGCGCAUAGUGUUAGCUGA